UUACAAUCUGCUUUAACCUAACUGCACUGCUAACUUCAUGCCACAAGGUCAUAAACCCCGCCUAUUUCUACAAUGUAUCUUUUUACAAUCUGCUUUAACCUAACUGCCCUGCUAACUUCAUGCCUAAUCCUAACCAAAAAGCGAUUUUGACUUUGUGGCUGUGCAACUCUGAAACCACUGGACACAUCUAUACUCAUAGCUCCACACUGAAACACACACCACCUCCCCCAGCUCCUGUGGGCAGAUGAUGUGAAGAGAGAUGAUAGCAGAACCUACAGUCACCUCCAGGUCCUCAGUACAGAAUGAGAACUUGGCUGUGGACGCAAACUCCUCUGAAGCUGUCAAUCACACAGUGGGCGGAGCCCGGAAUGAGAACAGACAGAAGAGUUUGAGAGGGAAGAGGAGGGCACGGGAGGGCUCUGAGAAUGCCAAGCGCAGACACACCAAGGUGACCAAUGGCAGUCUGGGUCGGGCACAGAACGGACACCUCAAACACGGGGACGUUGAGGCCGUCACACUGUUCGAGGUGGUCACCAUGGGCAGGAGUGCCAUGCAGGCUGUAGUUGAUGAUUGGAUUGAGGCGUACAUCACAGACAGAGACUCUGCCCUCCUGGACCUCAUCAGCUUCUUCAUCCAGUGCUCUGGUUGCAAAGGUUUGGUGACAGCUGAGAUGUUCCAAAGCAGACAGGAUGAUGUCAUGAGCAAGAUGGUGGAGGAAUUGGAUGAGGGUUCGGGGCUGCAGUAUAAGAAAUUCCUGGCCUUUCCCUGGAUCCUCACAGUCACGUGGCCCAUGGACAUGGACAGUGGGGAAUAUCCUCUCACCAUGUCUGGUCCAUACUGGCGGCGGUUCCGUGGUGAGUUCUGUGAGUUUGUGUCGGUGUUGGUAACCCAGUGUCAAUACAAUGUGAUCUUUGACAGCUACCUCAUGGACACACUCAUCUCUCUGCUCACCGAGCUGUCCGACUCCCGCGUACGAGCCUUCAGACACACCUGCACAUUGGCAGCGAUGAAGUUGCUAAGCUCUCUGAUUGGAGUAGCCCUUAGUCUGAGUGUGAGUGUUGAGAACAGCCAGAGACUGGGCGAGGUGGAGAGAACCAAGACAUCAGGAAGACGCAACUCACCAAGACUGGAGAGAAUACACAGAAAGACCACAGAGCUGCAGGAUAGAAGGGUGGAGAUAGAAAACAUGAUGGAUGCCAUAUUCAAAGGAGUCUUCCUGAAGAGAUACCGGGAUGUGCUCCCAGAGAUCCGGUCCAUGUGUAUGGAGGAGCUGGCUGUAUGGAUGAAACUUUACAGUCCAGUGUUUCUGACCGACAGCUACCUCAAAUACAUGGGCUGGAUGAUGCAUGACAAGCUGCCUGACGUGCGUCUGAAGUGUGUGUUGGGGCUACAGGGUCUGUACGGAGACCCGCUCCUCCUGCCCAAACUAGACCUCUUCAACAGCCGCUUCAAGGACAGGAUGAUCUCUAUGACUCUGGAUAAGGACCACGAGGUGGCAGUACAGACCCUGAGACUACUCACACUCAUCUCCCAGUCAGCUGAUGAUGUUAUUAAUCCUGAGGACUAUAAGCAGCUGUUCCAGUUGGUGUACUCCUCACAUCGCCCCCUGGCUGCCACCGCAGGAGAGCUGCUCUACACAAGGCUGCUCAGCUCCCAAACUCAGACACCUGACCUCAGAGAGGGGGUGAGUGAGCAGGACACACACACACAGCUGACGACAGCCAGAGUGAGGGCUCUGCUGCACUUCUACCAGGACAGUGAGCUCCAUCAGCAUGUAGUAUACCUGGUGGACAGUCUGUGGGACUGUGCUGGUGCCAUGCUGAAAGACUGGUCGUCUCUUACCUCUUUACUGCUACAGGACCCCUCCGCUCAGGAUGAAGGUCUGAGUGCUGGAGAGCAGUCUCUGGUUGUAGAGGUAUUGGUGGCAUCAGUACGUCAGGCAGUAGAGGGACCCCUGCUGGCCGGAAGGAGCACAUGCAAGAAGGUGGUAAGUGCCAGAGAAAAAAAGGCUCAGGUAGAUGACUGUGGCAGGCUCACUGAAUACUUCCUCAAGGUACUGCCACAGUUACUGAUUAAGUAUUCAGGGAGCCCUGAAACUGUGGCAUCCCUUUUGAAGAUACCUCAGUACUUUCACCCAGACUCACCUAAUGCAGAAACCCCACAGGCGUUGUCGUGCCUGCUGGCUGAGAUGGGAGCUGUUGUGGAGCGCCACACUGACCCUGCGGUGCUGGAGGCGGCUGCCCGCUCAUACCUCAGCCUGUGUGGGGAGGAAACAGCCUGGCACCCCCUGGCACGACCAGUCAGGGACACAGUGGUCCAAUGCUGGGCAGACAGACUGGCAACACUGCUGGGAGACGCACUGCAGGAUGGCAACUUCACUGCUGAUGAGGAAAAAACAGGAGAGAUUCUAUCCACGCUGAAGAAACUCACUGCAUUCCACAAUGCCCAGGACCUGUCUCGUUGGGGACUGUUUGAGCAGGUCUCUCCUCUUCUCUCAGUAGAGAUCAUGCAUGGUGGAUUACCUACACAGCUGACAGUGGAGGCCCUGCAGUGUGUAUGUUACUCUGUCCUCUGGAACCUCAACACCAGCAGAGAAACCCUGACCUCACGGGAAAAGGCUGUAGCCCAGAGGAGUCAGAUGAGAGCAUUGUGUGAGAAGUGUCUACGUUGCCUGUCCCACAACGAUCAGAGUGUGAAGGAGCAGGCAUUCCUGUCUCUGUGUGAUGUCCUGACGGCCCACAACUACCAGUUGCAGGUGUGGGAUCCCUCGUCUUACGGACCCCUGCUCUACACUCCCGACCCAAAACUUCAGAGGGCGCUGCUCGCCUUCAUUCUGGAGCACGUCUUCACUGGAGCAGAAUACGACAGCCACAGCAGGAGUGGUGAUGUAGAGUCUGGUGAGGGGAGGUUGGAGGAGCUCCACAGACGUAGGAGCUUAUUGGCAGGCUACUGUAAACUCAUAGUACACGGACUGCUGGAGAUGAGUAUGGCUGCUGAGCUCUUCAAGUAUUACAUGAAGUAUUAUAACAACUUUGGUGACAUAAUUAAGGAGACUCUGAGCAGAACGCGGCAAAUGGAUAAGAUAGAGAGUGCUCGCACGUUGGUGCUCUGUCUGCAACAGUUGUUCCUGCGUCUGAAGCAGGAGCAGGACAGUGGAGUCACAUGUAGCUCAGGUGUCCAAACAUUCAGCAGCAUCAAGGAGCUGGCCAGACGUUUCUCUCUCACAUUCGGCUGGGACCAGACCAAGUCCAGAGAGUCCCUUGCUAUGAUCCAUAGGGAUGGUAUAGAGUUUGUUUUUCAGGGCUUUGUCCAGAGAGCAGAGAAGCCCUCACCUCCCUACCUCUCCUACCUCACCAUCCUCAGCGAGUUCUCCAGCAAGCUCCUCAGACCAGACAAGAAGAUUGUUUACUCCUACCUACAGAGGUACGUAAGUGAACAGACCAUCAGUAACAGAGAAGAGUGUUGGCUGCCACUCAUCUAUUACCGAGCCUCCUUAUUGGCUACUGGGGCUGAGGGGGAGGAUGCUGUGUCCUUCAUCAGCUCUGAUACGCUAAAGCAGCCGUCUCCAGCCAAUCGCUCACGCUCUCCCUCUGUCAGACACAGCCCUACUGCUGACGGAGACAUGAGGUCCCCGUCUGCUCUCACCUCUACUGACACCAAAGUAAGGAGGCCCCAUAAAGCCAGCAGCAGCACAAGCCCAGAGGACAGGAAGCCAGAGGUUGAGCUUGGUCUCAUCGUCAGGGAACCCCCGCCGACCAUAGUGAUAUCAGAGGAGCCGUCCCACGCUAAUGAGGAAUUGGAUGUGGACACCGUGGAGGUUGCCCUGUGAACUGGAAGAUGGAUCAAAUAAAAUAAUAUUUGUCACAUGCUUCGUAGACUAACAGUGAAAUGCUUACUGGCCCUUCCCAUCAAUUCAG